AUGGAGGAUGCCACCGUGGACGCAAUUCACCAUGCCGAGUUGCCCUCGGCAAACUCCAGUCUGAUCGAACAGCGGCCCCAGAUUAUCCCCAAGAUUAUCCACCAGACCUACAGGCAUGAGGCUAUUCCCGAGAUCUGGGUUGAGGCCCAACAGAGCUGCAUUGACCUACACCCGGACUACGAGUAUAUUGCACAUCAUUUGUGCAACAAGAUGUAA